UAAUAGGCAAGAUAAGAUUGUUUGCAAGGCGAAAGGCAGAUAUGUCACAUACGAUUCCCACCAUAUCCAUAUCUCUGAGUAACAAGUACUGUAUCCUUUUUUUUUUUUUUUAAGAUUGAUGGACUGAUGGUCCUUCAAAUUAUAACUUGAAACACUUUCUGCAACUUAACAUAAAAUGGCAGCCAAAAUUGCUUUGUCUUCCUCUUAUAUCACUACCAAAAUUCGUCUCUUACCGAAAUUACCCUCAACUUCAGCUCCCCUUUUUCAUUAUCUACCAAGAACUAGCAGCAAUUUACAUUUCAGAAUUAAUGCAAAAUUAGGUGGAGAUGAUGCAGAAGCAGAACCAAAGAAGAGUGGGAAGAGGAAAUUUAUCACCAAAGAGCAAGAACCAGAACAGUAUUGGCAAACGGCAGGAGAAAGAGAAGGCGAAAAUCCAAUGGCAUCUCCUCUUCCUUAUUUUUUCAUAUUCGGCAUGUCCACACCUUUUAUCAUUCUAGCCAUUGCCUUUGCUAAUGGAUGGAUAAAAGCUCCCAUUAGAUAAAAAUAAAUACUGUAUCAUAUUGUUCAAAACUGUAGUAUACCAGGCUGUUUAACUAGCACUGAGAGCUUCUAUAUACAGAUACAAUGACAUACUGUUGGAUGUUAUACUUACACACCCCUUUUGUAUUGUGUAUAUGCCAAAAUCCGAGCUUUGCUUUUCA